AUGGAGGAUCCUCUCUUUCUAUACUCAGCACUCAACACCACCAGUCUCCCCACUGCUCUCCCCCUCAACGUCAUGAUCAACCCCAUGAACAACAGUACUGUUACUGACCUCAUGACCAACGCUACGUUCAAACCCUUCAAUGUGUGUGAAGAGAUGGUGGCAGGGAUCCUCUUCGACCUGACUGUUCAGACCUUCAACGUGAUCCUGGGACUCCCUGCUAACAUCUUAGGUAGGUUAGAGAGGUUAGAGCAGCGCACCAGUAGCCGGAAGGUUGCUGAUUCAAAUCCCAGGUACCAUCUUGUACCAUUGUGGCCUUGAGCAAGGCCCUUAACCUUUACAUAACUCCAGGAGCAUUGCCCCUGAUCCUAUACUCCUUCCACUGUGUUUGUAUUUACAUAACUCCAGGAGCAUCGCCCCUGAUCCUAUACUCCUUCCACUGUGUUUGUAUUUACAUAACUCCAGGAGCAUCGCCCCUGAUCCUAUACUCCUUCCACUGUGUUUGUAUUUACAUAACUCCAGGAGCAUCGCCCCUGAUCCUAUACUCCUUCCACUGUGUUUGUAUUUACAUAACUCCAGGAGCAUUGCCCCUGAUCCUAUACUCCUUCCAGUGUAUUUGUAUUUUGGGUAUCGGGAGCAGAGAAAUGAACUAAUAUCCGUCUCUGAUGGACUAAGAAACUAGCUAAUAAAAUCUUUGUCUGGCCUUGUGUUAGUCCUGGUGAUUCUGCUCCGGAGCCGUAAGGAGCCGUCCUCCUCAGACAUCUUUCUUGGCUGUCUGGCCUUCAUGGACGCUUACUUCGGCAUCAUGGUCCCCUUCAGCUAUCUGAACUUCUACUACUGGCACAGCAAGGACGUCUGGUCCGCUCUCAAGUUCUCCUACGGCGUCAAGGUAAAGGAGAAUUUCAGUGUAUCUGGAUUCUGGAAUUUCUGCGUCUGAUAUUGUACCCUAUUCCCUACAUAGCACACUACUUCUGACCAGAGCCCUAUGGACACCCCUAUGGACACCCCUAUGGGCAACCCUAUGGACACCCCUAUGGACACCCCUAUGGUCACCCCUAUGGACACCCCUAUGGUCACCCCUAUGGACACCCCUAUGGACACCCCUAUGGACACCCCAAUGGGCACCCCUAUGGACACCCCUAUGGACACCCCUAUGGUCACCCCUAUGGACACCCCUAUGGACACCCCUAUGGGCACCCCUAUGGGCACCCCUAUGGUCACCGGUCAAAAGUACACGAUAUAGGGAAUACACACUAUGUCGCAGAGGUUGCAUCAAAAAUGACACUAAAUUCCCUCUAUAGUGCUCUAUGGACACUGGUCAAAAGUGUGCACUAUGUAGGGACUAUGGGGCCAUUAUUUCAUACUCACAUCUGACAAUAAAGUCAACUUUUUCACCUCCUACUCCUCCUUCCUCCUCCUUCCUCUUCUCAUCCUUCUCCUCCCCCUCCGCCUCAUUCUCCUCCUCCUUUCUCUUCUCCUUUUCCUCCUCUUUCUCCACUUUCUUCUCCUCCAGGACGCCAGCGGUCCUCUGUUCCUGUCCUGUCUCUGUUUGGAUCGGUUCGUGGCGGUCCUCUGUUCCUGUCCUGUAUCUGUUUGGAUCGGUUCGUGGCGGUCCUCUGUUCUGUCUGUAUUUGUUUGGAUCGGUUCGUGGCGGUCCUCUGUUCCUGUCCUGUAUCUGUUUGGAUCGGUUCGUGGCGGUCCUCUGUUCCUGUCCUGUAUCUGUUUGGAUCGGUUCGUGGCGGUCCUCUGUUCCUGUCCUGUAUCUGUUUGGAUCGGUUCGUGGCGGUCCUCUGUUCCUGUCCUGUAUCUGUUUGGAUCGGUUCGUGGCAGUCCUCUGUUCCUGUCCUGUAUCUGUUUGGAUCGGUUCGUGGCGGUCCUCUGUCCUGUCCUGUAUCUGUUUGGAUCGGUUCGUGGCGGUCCUCUGUUCCUGUCCUGUACUGUUUGGAUCGGUUCGUGGCGGUCCUCUGUUCCUGUCCUGUAUCUGUUUGGAUCGGUUCGUGGCGGUCCUCUGUUCCUGUCCUGUAUCUGUUUGGAUCGGUUCGUGGCGGUCCUCUUCCCACUCGCCUACGGCCAGCUGAAGGAUACCAAGUACAGGGUGGCUCUCUCUGCGGUGGUCCUGGGGCUCACCUUCACCUACGCCUCCGCCAAGACCGUCGGGGGCCUGCCCAACUUCGAGAAGGUAAAUCCAUAGAUCAAUCAAUUAAUCAAUCAAUUAAUCAAGCAAUCACACUUUUUUGCAUAGCACAUAUUGGACAAAAGUAGAAAUACAAUGCACUUCACACUAUAAAAUAAUUACAAUUACAUAAAUAAAUAAAAACAAUCUGAUACCAGGCCUAAUGAAAGGAAAGGGAAUAAAACAAUCUGAGACCAGGCCUAAUGAAAGGAAAGGGAAUAAAACAAUCUGAGACCAGGCCUAAUGAAAGGAAAGGGAAUAAAAAAUCUGAGACCAGGCCUAAUGAAAGGAAAGGGAAUAAAACAAUCUGAGACCAGGCCUAAUGAAAGGAAAGGGAAUAAAACAAUCUGAUCUGAGACCAGGCCUAAUGAAAGGAAAGGGAAUAAAACAAUCUGAGACCAGGCCUAAUGAAAGGAAAGGGAAUAAAACAAUCUGAGACCAGGCCUAAUGAAAGGAAAGGGAAAUAAAACAAUCUGAGACCAGGCCUAAUGAAAGGAAAGGGAAUAAAACAAUCUGAGACCAGGCCUAAUGAAAGGAAAGGGAAUAAAACAAUCUGAGACCAGGCCUAAUGAAAGGAAAGGGAAUAAAACAAUCUGAGACCAGGCCUAAUGAAAGGAAAGGGAAUAAAACAAUCUGAGACCAGGCCUAAUGAAAGGAAAGAUAAUAAAAGCACGGCUAAAAAGGUGCAUUAAAAAGUUUCUUUAAAAAAUUUCCACUUCUGCUACCCUCAGGUGUUGACAUGGACGAUCCUGGCAACGUUUGCCUGGAUGGUGUUUUGUAACGGGGCCAUCCUGGUGGCCCUGAAGAGUUCUGGUGGCUCUGGGAAGGACAACAUGCACCCCAUGAAGAAGAAAGCCUUCAAGAUUGUGAUGUCGGUCCUGUCCAUCAUCGUGUUCCCUUUUGAGGUGAUGACCUGUGUGCAUAGAAACUGAGGAGACUCAUUGACUUCCAUUCUAGUGAUUCCAUUUAUAUGGUUGUCCUUAAUGAUGUUGCCUGAUGUAUAAAGGUACAUUCCAACAUGACUUGUCAACAGGGUUGGACAGUUCAGUAACUUUCCCAAAAUUCCCACAUUUUCUAGAAAUCCUGGUUGGAAGAUUCCCGGAAUUAGAAGGGAAUAAUCAGGAAAUGCGGAAUACUCCAACGAGGAGUUCUGGAAAACCUGGGAAAUUUGGUAAAGUUACCAGAACUUUGCAACCCUAGCACUGUCCUUAAUGAUUUGGCCAGAUGAACAAAGAUAAAAUCCUAUUAUAUAUUUUUGCAUGGCAGUUAAGUGUUCUGAUAUCCCCUUCCAGGACCACUACCCUCCGGAUACGUUCCGCUGCCUGGUGCAGCCGGUGGGGUAUGCCUUCAUUAACAUCAGCAGAAGUAUCCAGCCCAUCAUCUACCUCUCUAGACUGGAGAAGAUCCCUGUCCUCCCUGAUGCCUGGACCAAGUGGUGCUGCUCCUCUAACGAGAAGGUCAAGGAGGUGAAGGUGGAGACCAUCUCGCCUGCUUAA